GGCGAGGCGGUGGCUGGACGCGCAGCGGCCCAAGAUGGACGCGCCGGCGCGGCUCGCCGCUGCGGCCCCGGCCCCACGCGGACCCCAGCUCGGCGGCGGCCCCGGCCGGACCCGCAGAACCCCGGGCUCAGCGCACCGCCGGCUGCUGCUGCUGCGGGACCCAGAGGACGGCGCGCAGGGGGCGCGGCGCGGGGAGGCCCGGCCGGCGGGCCCCGGCGGCGGCGACUCCUUCGUGGUGCUGCUGGAAGUGGCGCGCGGCGCGGCCGAAGCCCCGGGGCGGCGGGAGACCGAGCCCCAGCCCGGCGCCGCCGCGAGCCCGGCCGGCCGCCCUGCGCAGGUCCCCGGCGCCGCGCCUCUCGUGGGCCCCCGGGUCGCCGGAGGCCAGGACCUGCUGGUGCACCUGGAGCGUGGCGUCCUCGCGCUGGCCGCGCCGUCCCGGCGUCCGCCGCCCGGCCAGGAGGCCGCCAGCCCGGCAGGGGCCCGCCGCGCGUCCGCCGGCCCCGGCUACCGCUGCCCCGAGCCGCAGUGCGCGCUCGCCUUCGCCAAGAAGCACCAGCUCCAGGUGCACCUGCUGACGCACGGCGGCGGCCAGGGCCGGCGGCCCUUCAAGUGCCCGCUGGACGGCUGCGGCUGGGCCUUCACCACGUCGUACAAGCUCAAGCGGCAUUUGCAGUCGCACGACAAGCUGCGGCCUUUCGGCUGCCCGGUGGGCGGCUGCGGCAAGAAGUUCACCACCGUGUACAACCUCAGGGCGCACAUGAAGGGCCACGAGCAGGAGAGCCUGUUUAAGUGCGAGGUGUGCGCCGAGCGCUUCCCCACGCACGCCAAGCUCAGCUCGCACCAGCGCAGCCACUUCGAGCCCGAGCGGCCCUACAAGUGCGACUUUCCCGGCUGUGAGAAGACGUUCAUCACAGUGAGCGCUCUGUUCUCCCAUAACCGGGCCCACUUCAGGGAACAGGAACUCUUUUCUUGCUCCUUCCCUGGAUGCAGCAAACAGUAUGACAAAGCCUGUCGUCUGAAGAUCCACCUGAGAAGCCAUACAGGCGAAAGACCUUUUAUCUGUGAUUCUGACAGCUGUGGCUGGACCUUUACCAGCAUGUCUAAACUCCUGAGGCACAAAAGGAAGCACGACGAGGACCGCCGCUUCCCCUGCCCCGUCGAGGGCUGCGGGAAGUCGUUCACCAGGGCCGAGCACCUCAAGGGCCACAGCGUCACCCACCUGGGCACCAAGCCCUUCGCGUGUCCCGUGGAAGGGUGCUGUGCCAGGUUCUCCGCACGGAGCAGCCUCUACAUUCACUCCAAGAAGCACCUGCAGGACGUGGCCGCUGCGAAGAGCAGGUGUCCGGUGUCCAGCUGCCACAGGCUCUUUGCCUCCAAGCACAGCGUGAAGGCCCACGUGAUCAGGCAGCACCACCGGCACCCAGACGUCUUCCCUCCGCUGGGAGCUCCAAGCGCGCUCGCGCCCAGCAGCGACCUCAGCAGCCCCGGCCAGAGUGAGUUCAGCAGUGUGGACCUGGCGGUCCUUUUCUCCGACACGCCUGGCGACAGCGGUGGUGCCCCCAGGACCUCCGACGAGGCGCUCCGCACUGGGAUCCUGACUGUCGACGUGACUUCUGUGAGCGCCUCUCUCGGGGGGGGCCUCCCUGCCAGUCAGGCUGCCUCAGGGCCCAUGGGCCCCCUGGUCUUGGUGGCCCACAGUGACGUCCCACUGGGCCCGGGCAGGCCCCUCGUCCUCGGGACGGCAGCCACGGUUCUCCAGCAGGGCAGCCUCGCUGCAGGUGACGUGCAGGCCGUGGACCCAGGGGCUCUGGGCUGUCUGGUGGCUCUGCCCGUGAAGAGCUUGAGUCGGGACCCCCAGGCUUUGACCUCUGCGAGCGGCCCCCAGGGAGACAGCAGUGCCCCGGAGCAGCUGGUUCCCAUCAAAGUGGAGCCAGACUCGGCCCCCGAGCCCAACGCCGUCAGACAGCAGGCGUGGAGCGGAGGGGCGCCGCGGCCUGUGGAGUCCAGCCCUGCAGAGGAGCUCGGACCUCGGAAAGACGAGGGACUUGGUGCGGGGACCGGCGGCUUCUACUUGCUGUGUGACGUGGGCCAGCCUGGCGUCUGUGAGCCCAGAAGGCGCGUGGUGAAGGGGCCGCAGGAAGGCGGGGGCUCAGCAAGAACUGAUUCCCGAGCCAUUCAACUAGCCAAGGAAAAAAAGCAGAGAGGAGCUGGGAGCCACACAGGAGCCGCGGGGCCCGCACUGAGCACAGGGGAAGGUGACGUCCAUGCCGGCCCGGGAGCCUGGCUGUGGGGCAGCCUCGCAGUGCCCGGCGUGGCUCUGCCGUGCGUCCAGGUCCAGCUGCUGCAGGAUGACCCCUCAGGGCACGUGGUCUUCCCGUUGGCGCCCGGCCCACAGCCUCCUGUCUCCCAACCCCUGCUUGCUGUCAUGCCCGUCUACGUCCUCCAGGAGGUGCUCCCUGCAGCUGGAGGGGCCACUGGGCCCGAGGACAUGUGGAGCUCGGGCAGCACGGUCGGCCUGUGGGCCCUGCAGUGAAACCAGCUCUGCCUGGGCCGAGGGCGCCACUUGGAAGGCUGGCCUCGUUCUUCAGAGACUUCGGGUACAUUUUCGCAAGUGUUUUUCUUACGUUUUAUCAGGGACCUGUUUGGGGCCGUACCAUCCUCUCAGGGCAGAGCGUGCCUUUUUCCUCGCUCGGCUGUGCACGCAGCCUGCAUCCGCCUGAGCUUGCUGCGUGCCUAGGGAAGAGGACGGAGCCUCCGCGGUGGCCCGUGACGGGGCUUCAGCACUCGGCGCAGCGUCUGGCUGAGAGCGAACAGGCUGUCCCCGCCCUCGGUGGGGGUCGCGGUUGAGCUGGGGUGGCACCGGGUCUAGUGGCCCAGGUGGCCUGGUGUCAGGGGAACGUGACGGGUGACGAGGCCCCCGGGCCCUGUCGCAGCCCCUGCACAGACCAAAUAUAGAGUUAAACCUUUAAAGUGAUGAUUUUGAGUUCUGUAUUUGGGUAGUAACGUCUAAUGGCAAUUGGACAGCGGUCUGUACAGCCACGUUCUGAGCACUGAGGUGUGUGCAUUGUUGAGGGUGACCGUGUGUUUUCACGGAGUGAGGUCUGUCCUGCAGAAGGAGACAAGUCAGUGGGCCGGACACAGGCUCUCAGAAACGGUGUUUUGCCUUGUGCCUUUCGAAGUGUUUUUGUUCAGAUGCUGUUUUGAUUCUCAGGCUUGGGAAUCAUCCCAACUCUGCCCAUUCUGUUUGUCUCUUUUGAGUUUUUGGGCUUUUGGUUCUGAUUUCUGCUGUGUCCUGCAUGGGGGAGGGGGUGUUUCCAUCUCUAGAUGGUGCUCCCCGAAGCCCCGGGUCAUCCAGCGGCCCCUCCACGAGGAGCCAGGCCCGGCGGCCUCCUGUUCUGCGGGAGGAGAGUCCGGGCCGUGCGGCUGGACCUCUGUCCCGCACACCCCCAGUGGGUGUCCCUCUGAGGUGCUCAGGACUUCCGUUUCCUGGGCACUGAGGUCCCUGCUGGUAUUGGGCCCAACUCCUCAUGUGAGUGAAUUAAAAGUUUUUGUACAGCU